AUGGUAUCGGUGAAGCUUGCCCUGGUCCAACUGAGAACGGUCAAGGAUAAGACAAAGAACCUUGAGCGCGCACGCGAGCUGGUGCUCCAAGCGGCUUCCCAGGGUGCCCAAAUCGUGCUUCUGCCCGAGACCUUCAACAUGACAUACUGCAUCGAGGACUACGAGCAAUUUGCCGAGCACAUAGACGGCCUCGGCGAAACCACCCAAGCGCUGUCUCGCAUGGCAAAAGACGCGCAGCUGUAUCUGGUUGGCGGGUCGAUUCUUGAGCGCCGCACCAAUGCCGACAACACAACCUCCAUCUACAACACAGUCACUGUGUGGAAUCCCGAUGGCCAGCUGGUUGCGAGGCAAAGCAAAAUGCACAUGUUCGCGGUAGAUUACAAUGGGCUGUACGAAAACGAGGGCGAUAUUUUGACCGCUGGAAAUGGCAUUGGCGAGUUCUCGACGCCCUGGGGGCAGUUUGCCUUUGCCGUGUGCUUUGACUGCAGGUUUGCUGAGCUUGCCAUGAUUGCUGCGCGCAGGGGCUGCGUGGGCAUGCUCUACCCCGCUGCAUUCACCAAGGGCAGCGGUGAAUUGCAUUGGGAGCUCAUUAUGCGCGCGCGGGCUGUCGACAAUCUGUUCUUUGUUGCUGGCUGCAAUCCGGCUUUUGACGUCCAGUCGAGCUAUCAUGCCUGUGGGCACUCCAUGGUGAUUGAUCCGUUCGCAAGAACCGUGGCUGCGGCUGCCUAUGGUGAAGAGGUUGUUGUUGCUGACCUGGACCUGGCCCUCAUUGACGAGGCACGUCGAUCAAUACCGGUCUACUCGCAGCGCCGGUUCGACGUGUAUCCGGAUGUGGCGCAGCAGCCCACCAGCGCUGACGGCCACAGGCUGAUCGAUCAAGAGCUGUAA